AUGGAGCCCAAAAACAUACUGGCGACCAUCCUCCUGAGUUCAGGCGUCCAAAGUCUAGUACUCCCAGAUGGCACACUUCAGCUUGCCCCGUUGGACGCCCAUGCUUCGGAAUGGGGACCAGAUCUGGCCAGUGCAUAUCGUCGCGAAGAACCCAAGUCUAAACCCGAGAAACCUUCGCAAUAUAAUAUGAAAAGGUCACGAGGUGGAUCUAAGAAGCUUAGAAACAACUAG